AUGAACUUCUUUGUUAGAUUUGGUUACGUGCCUACCACGUAUGGAGGACCUUUACUUACUUCAAAGUGGGAUCAAGAAGUUAAGGACCGACUUAUAAAUUACAUUGUCCAUGGAAAAGAUUCCCACAACCUUUAUGCCAUAAGAUUCCUUAUUUGUGAACUUUUGAACUUAAUUAAUGUGGUUUUCCAAAUUGUUUUAACAAACUGGUUUCUUAACGGUCAGUUCUCGGGACUGCGCGUUCUAAUUGAUGUGAUUAACGGGGAAAACCCGAUGUCGAUGGUAUUCCCCAAGUUAGUAAAGUGUACGUAUUACAGAUAUGGCCCUUCUGGUAGUACAGAAAACAGAGACGGACUCUGUAUUUUGCCACUGAAUAUUUUUAACGAAAAACUUUACCUUAUCAUGUGGUUUUGGUUCUACUGCCUGGCGCUUCUUUCUGCUUUGACGUUGCUCUAUCGCCUUUUGUUCUUUUGCGUUCCUUUUAUACGGGUUUAUUUUCUUAUGGCCCGGGCCAAGUAUGUAACAAAAGAAAGAGCGAAGAUUGUUGUUGAUCAGAUUUCUUUUGGCAAUUGUUUCGUUUUGUACCAGUUGGGAAAGAAUUUGAAUCCCAUUGUAUUUAGGGAACUUGUUAUGGGCAUAAGCAACAAUCUGAAAUCCACCAAAAAGCAGAGUCUGAGUGCGGAUAUUACAUUUCCCAUAUAAAAAAAGAAAACGCAAUCGCGUUUAAUGUUUUUUUAUUAGUUUACUUUGGUGUUUACGAAUGUCCUGAUUCGUUGAUUAUCAACAU